AUGUUUAUGGUUUCGGUGUUUCUCCUGUUGGAAAUUGUCAGUGGAAGAAGCAACACAAAUAAGAGAUUGCCUGUUGAAGAACGUUAUCUUCUUGAAACAGCAUGGAAAUUAUACGAGAAAAGGCAGCUGGUUCAAUUGGUUGACACGGCACUUGAAGGCGACUUCAAUGUGGAUGAGGCUUGCAGAUAUUUGAAGAUUGGCCUUUUAUGCACCCAAGACAUGCCAAAAAGCCGUCCAGCCAUGUCUACUGUGUUGAAAUUGCUUACGGGUGAGAUGGACUUGCCCAAGAAGAAGAUAUCUAAACCAGCCAUACUCUCUGAAUUAAUGGCUGUGAAUAGCAAUACAACAUCGCCUGGCUGGGGAAAUCAAGAUAAGUCAUCUUCAACAAACAGAAGCACGACGUAUGCCACAAUGACUUUCACUUCAAUAUAUGAUUGA